GCGUUGCCCCGGGAACAGAGCGACUCCGCCGCCCCCGGCUCGCGCUGCGCUGUUCCGCGGCUCCUCCUCGGGGCGGGCCCCGCCGGCGGGUGGGCCCUCGCGGCCGAGGAGACAGUGGCGGCGCGGGAGCGGAGCGGAGAUUCAGUCUCAAUGGAAGCGGUACCAGCCUGGGCCUCAGCUGUGGGUUUCACGCUCCUGCCCCACGCAGGAGGAGUUUUAGGAAGCAAGAUAACUAGAAAGGAAAUCCCAGUGUGGUAUGAAUCUCUGCAGAAGCCAUCCUGGUGUCCCCCUAACUGGCUGUUCGCUCCAGUUUGGGGAACUCUCUAUACAUCUAUGGGAUAUGGCUCCUACCUGGUGUGGAAGGAACUGGGGGGCUUCAGUGAAAAGGCGGUGGUUCCUCUGGGCCUGUAUGCAGGGCAGCUGGCAUUAAACUGGGCAUGGACUCCCAUAUUUUUUGGAGCUCACAAAAUGGGAUGGGGGCUGGUGACUCUCCUGCUCACAACUGGUACAGCGACAGCUACCGCUGCUUCCUGGUAUCACAUCAACAGAACGGCCGCUUAUUUGAUGCUUCCGUAUUUAGCUUGGCUAACCAUGGCUUCUGCACUCAACUACCGUAUCUGGAAAGACAAUCGCAACAAGAAAUCUGAAUAAGCAGCUUUUGGACAAAAAUAUUUUUUUGCUGCAAGAAUUUUCUAAAGAAAGUUAUGCCUUAUUCGUUUUUUAGCUAAACUAUUUGCACUGCAUUACAAUUUGACGCUGCAGUUCCUGUUUUAAAUGUGCCUCGAGUAGGGAAGUCUCAAAGCCUACGUGAGUUUUGCAGGAAAUUAAAUGGUAGUGCACAGCAGAAGGUAUUGGGUUUCAGUACUGCAGCAUCACAUUUUAUGUAAUGAACAGCAUUUUAACUAUUACCAGAAAUAAGCACUAACUGCAACUUCAUUAGUCAGAGGAAGAAAGCCAGCUUCCAGAAAGCUGCUCCUCGCAGUCACAAGCGUGACUGUGGUUGGAAUCUGUCAUGUUUACCACUAAGCAUGGUGCCUUACUGGCUCACUGCAGCUGCCACGCGUCCUCUGAUCACUGUACUCUGCAAAUGUUUAGGAGCAACUCUCUUUCACAACUUGUGCCAUCCCACUUUGAAGCACUGUACAACCUAAGUGUCAGCUAAACAUAUUAAACUACACGUAAGCUUA